AUGGGGCAAGAUAAUAGCAAAUGCCCACAUCAAACAUUGGCUGAAAAACGAUAUAAAGUUGAGAGACCAAAAACAAAAAAAGGUUGGUUUGGGUGAUGAAUUCAUCUCUUGAGAUGUGAGAUGUUUUCAAAGAACACCGGAAAUUUAGAAUGUUUCUUGAUCUGAACUAAUUCAGACAAAUCAGAAUGAUGUUUCUUGAAAAAGAUGAUUCAAGCUGAAAUUAUUUGAUGAUAGGAUUAAGUUAUAUAAGGAAAGAGAUAUUUAUGAAAUUCAGUUUAAAAUGUGUGGGGUAAAUGUCAAAAACAUUCUUUUUUAUUCUUUAUUUAGUCUCAACAAAGAUCCAAAUUGAAAUUUUUACAAACAACAUUCUAAAUAAUUUCAUCUACAUAUGUACAUAUGUACAUAUAAAAUUCUAGCUUCAGUUUCAUCUGGAAGUGCAACAGAUCGCAGCAAUCUUUCACAAGCUGAACCAAAAAGCUCAAAUCUUCGUCUGACUGUUUCAAGCUGCGAUGUUAGUGCAGAACCAAUUGCAGAAAGUCCGAGCAGAAAACAAUCGUGAGUCAAAACUGAAAAGUAUGUAAAAUUAGAAACAUGAAUGAUUUUUCAGCUGCGAAAUAAGUGAAGAGGAUCAAUCUCUGGCGAAUGCACCAUCUAAGACAAGAAGCAAACAUUUUCUAACUCGACGAGAACGUAUUUUGUUAGAACAAAGUUGGAGAAAAACAAGAAAAACUGGCGCAGAUCACGUUGGCUCAAAAAUCUUCUUUAUGGUUCUCACAGCUCAACCAGAUAUCAAACCAAUCUUUGGACUUGAGAAAAUUCCAAACGGUCGUCUCAAAUACGACCCAAGAUUCCGACAACACGCACUUGUCUACACAAAAACAUUGGAUUUUGUUAUCAGAAAUUUAGACUAUCCAGGAAAAAUUGAGGUGUUUUUCGAGAAUCUCGGAAAACGCCACGUGGCAAUGCAAGGAAGAGGAUUUGAACCAGGAUAUUGGGAGACUUUUGCAGAAUGUAUGACACAAGCAGCUGUUGAAUGGGAAGCAAAUCGACAAAGACCAACUUUGGGAGCGUGGAGAAAUUUGGUAAGUUUCUAAAUACUCUGAAUAAUUGAAACAGAAAUAAUCCUUUUUUCAGAUUUCUAUCAUUAUCUCAUUCAUGCGUCGUGGAUUUGAUGAAGAAAAUGGCAAAAAUCGUCUCUAUUCAUAUGGUGGAUCAAGUGGUGCACCAUAUUCUUCAAGAAAUCGCCGCUCGGUUUCACCAUUUGCAACAAGUGUUCACUAG